AUGGCCGCGGACGACGUGAAAAGAGUGCCCACCGUCGAAGGCUACGAUACCAAGCAGGCGCUCGGAACAGGGGCCUCAACCUCGUCGCUAUCGAGUGAUGAACCAAGGCGAUACAAGAAUUCCGACGCAGCUUUCGAUACCUCCGAAGAUCCUCGGUAUUACAAGCCGAUUCCCACCUAUGAGGGUAUUCAUCGCUGGGACCCGGAUUUUGAAUGGACGGAAGAAGAGGAGAAGAGGCUGAUCAGAAAAAUUGAUCUCCGAGUGUGCACAUUCGCUUGUGUAACAUUCUUUGCACUCCAGCUGGAUCGCGGCAAUAUCAUCCAGGCAUUGUCAGAUAACAUGCUGGGCGAUCUGGGCAUGAACACGAAUGAUUACAAUACCGGACAGACAAUCUUCUAUUGCUGUUUUCUCUUCGCAGAGCUUCCCUCGCAGCUCAUUUCAAAGGCUCUGGGUCCAGACCGCUGGAUUCCUAUCCAGAUGGUCUGCUGGAGUUUGAUUGCCGCGUUUCAGGCCUUCAUUAAGAAUAAGGGCGGUUAUUUCGCCUGUCGUGCGCUUUUGGGCUUGUUUGAGGGUGGAUUCAUCCCUGAUACAAUCCUUUUCCUUUCCUUCUGGUACAAAUCAAAGGAACUGCCCAUCCGAUUGAGCUACUUUUGGGUUUCGUACCAAGCGACGGCCAUCGUCGGUGCGUUCCUUGCUUUCGGCUUCCUUCACAUUCGCAAUGACGAAGGCGGAGGCGGUUGGCGUUACAUGUUUGCCUUCGAAGGUCUCAUCACCGGUCUCAUCGGCAUCAUCGCCGCGUUCUGGAUGCCCGCGUCUCCGACCCAGACCAAGGGUGGCUUCCGCGGAAAAGAAGGCUGGUUCAACGAGCACGAGGAGAAGAUCCUGGUCAACCGCGUGCUACGCGAUGACCCCAGCAAAGGUGGCAUGCAUAAUCGUCAGGCCAUCACCCCCAAGAUGCUCUGGAAGGCGUUGGGCGAUUACGACAUGUGGAUUACCUACCUGCUCGGUCUCUCAUGGAUGAUCCCCAACACACCCGCAGCCAGCUACGUUACACUACAGCUCAAGUCGCUCGGCUUCAAGACCUUCCAAACAAAUUUGCUGACCAUCCCUGCGUAUGUCAUCUUCAUUUCGAAUCUGCUCUUCUGGACCUGGAUUUCGGAGCGCUUCAAUAUCCGCUUCUUGCUGGGUGUCGUGGCUGAGGCCUGGUCCUUGAUCCUCUUGAUUGCGCUUGAGGUCCUACCGGCUGAUGCGAGCCCUUGGGCGCGCUGGGUCAUCCUGAUCCUCCUCAUCGGUUCGCCGUAUAUCCACGCCAUCAUCGUGGCCAUGACUUCCAGGAAUGCAGGUACCGUGCGAACGAGAACAAUAGCCUCAGCACUGUACAACAUGAUGGUGCAGACUUCGAAUAUCAUUGCCAAUAACAUCUACCGCGAGAACGACAAGCCCUACUACCGGACGGGCAAUAAGGUCCUUAUUGCGCUGGCGGUAUACAGCAUGUUCCUCUUUAUCGUGGCCCGGUUCUACUAUGAAUGGCGGAACAAACAAAAAGCACAGAAGUGGGAUGCCAUGUCCAGUGCAGAAAGGGAGGAGUAUCUCGCCGCCAACCAGGAUUUGGGUAAUAAAAGGAAGUUCAAAAAGGGGCAGAUCCAGCUGGUUUUGGAUCAUGAUUCAUGA